UUUGACAUUCAUAAAAUCAUACAAUCCAUUUCAGGGAUUUUACAAAAACAAUUCGUGCUGGUCGUGAUAUUUAUUUACUAUUUUUGAAACAAAAUAUGAAAUUUUGGUUAAAGUACAAUGUACAUUAAUUAACCUGAUAACGUAAAAGUGUGAUGAUUUAGUAUAUUUCAUUAAGAAACUGCAUAAUGACAGACUCUGGAGUCGACACUGGAAAUGAGAGCAGCGAUAAUCCUGUGUUUGAUCAUUCGAAAUGUGUUUUGGAAUUUAAUCUUCCAGCAAUUCCUAUAACCCAAUCUGGUCAACCAAUGCCAGUAGAGUUUUUAGAUGAGCCACAUGAUCAUGUCGGAAAAAUUAAAUGCUCCACAAAAGCAAGACACUGCCGUCUUAAGCAUAGAUACGGUGGAACAGUUUGCGCAUCCAGGAAUCACAAGUUGCGGUUCGCGGCUUCCACGAAUAACACAGAACUCGUUGAAAGAUUAUUAAAAGCUGGAGCGGAUCCUAAUUGUUCAGAUGAGCACAAAAGAAGCCCAUUGCAUUUAGCAGCUUGCCGUGGCUAUGUCGAUGUAGUGAGAAUACUUCUGCGUCACGGUGCUAACCCUAACAAUAAAGACACACUUGGAAACACACCUCUUCAUUUGGCUGCAUGUACUAAUCACAUAACGGUUGUCAUUGAACUAUUAGAUGCUGGAACUGAUGUCAGUUCACAUGACAGAAAUGGCCGCAAUCCCAUACAAUUAGCACAAAGUAAAUUAAAGAUAAUACAAAUGCGUCCCAGUGGUGUGGGGCAUUUUGAAGUGACUCGUCAAUUGAUUAGUGAAAUUUGCCAAGUUGUAGAAAUGAUGCUGAAAUAUAUGAAAAUGCAGAAGGCUGAUGCAGGUGAGCUGGAAUCUUUGCGACUGAGGUUGGAGCAAGUGAGUACACGGGAACAAGUUGACUCAGAAGUACAAAAUCUACUCGACAGCCUGGACUCACUGAAACUUAGAUAAAUAUAUUGUCAAAGACUAUUGAACAAGUACUACAUAGAUAAUAAGCUCAUAGUUUUUGUAUUUAGUACUAAGUGGAGGUGUAUUAAAAUGUUCAAUUACUAUUGCCUUUUCUAUUGCAAAUCUUUUACUACUAUAACCUUUAAUUUAAACAAUAUCACUUUUAGCAAAUUAUUUAAAAUUCAUUCAUUUGUACCUUAUUUCUUAUUUAAAUAAGUUCUUUCAUUCCAUUUGUGUGAAAUUCAAUGCUG